AUGCCUUCGUCGGACAAUGACGAAACGGGGAGUGACCUGUCCGAGUCUCUGGAGAUCUGUGAGCUCCAGGACCAAUACAUGGAUGCAGGGAACAGCUUCAAGUCCAAAAGUUUACCCAUCCUGAACGGACCCUGCCAGCAAGAUGGAAAGCCUGUCGAUCCUGGGCUGCUCAACAUGACCCCCACCUGUGUGGCCGUGGAGGAGAGAAGAGAGCUCCAGCUGAGAACGCCAGACUCCAGCCUGGCAGAAUCUCCCUCCUCCAGGACAGACUUCUCUCCCUCUGUCUCCAGCAUGGUGGGGCUCAGCAGCUCUCUGCCCAUGGAGGGCCCCAGGCCCAAGGGCUGUGGAAGCAAAACGCUUGGUUUCUCUCUGGCUCGCUUUAUCCACAUCCCGGCCAGAAAGUAUGUGCGAGUGAUCUUAAGUGACUCGCGCUGCUUCCUGUUCUGCAUGUGCUACUUGACCUUCAUUCAGUCCCUGAUGGUUUCGGGCUACCUGAGUAGCGUCAUCACCACCAUCGAGAAGCGCUACAGCCUGCGGAGCUCAGAGUCCGGCCUGCUGGUCAGCUGCUUCGACAUCGGCAGCUUGCUGGUGGUCGUUUUCAUCUCCUACUUUGGGGGCAGAGGUCAGAGGCCACGCUGGCUGGCUGUAGGCGGCGUUGUGAUAGCGAUUGGAGCAGCGUUGUUUUCCCUGCCCCACUUCAUCUCCCCACCGUACCAGAUCCAAGAGAUGAACUCCUCCACCGGCCACGAAGGCCUCUGUCACACUGGCAACAGCAGCGGGCGGGAGCUGGACGUGGCAUCGUGCCCCCGCGACCAGGAGGGCAACGAGCACAACCUGUAUGUAGCUUUGUUCAUCUGCGCCCAGAUACUUGUUGGCAUGGGGUCGACGCCGAUCUACACGCUGGGGCCCACCUACCUGGAUGACAACGUGAAGAAGGAGAACGCGUCUCUCUAUCUGGGUAGGCCUUGUAUUGUAAACGUGAAAUCCCUUCAGCAUAGAGUGUGA